CAAUAAUAUCAGACAUGGCUCAACAACACACUGGAGGAGCAUUGGAUAGACUUGAAUCUAUCCCUGGCUUUCACAUUAUGCAGGAAGAUACAGACAUGCGCCAGAUAUUGAAUGAUGUUGGAUGUUGUAUUGUAAGUCAAACAAGUCAACUUAUACCUGCUGAUCGAAUUAUGUACGCUGUACGUAACGAUACUACAACAGAACAUGAGCAUUGUCUGAUAACAGGAUCCGUUAUCUCAAAAAAGGCUGUAGAGUCACAAGAUUCAGUGGGUUUUGAUCUGGGAUGUGAAACAGGGACGUUCUACGAAGACGGGCAAGUCAUAAAAAUGGUAAAAGCAACAAACAGUUUACAGAUAAAAACAAUUACCUUGUUAACUGACUUGAGCUCACCGCCUCUUGGUAAAACCUUUGGAAACGCUCUUGAGGUAGCUGAAUCUAUACAAUGUCUUCAAGGAAAAGGACCAAAAGAUCUGACGGAAUUGGUUAAAUAUUUAGGGGGGCAACUGUUGGUCAGUCUCAAAAAGGCGUUAAAUUUAGAGCAAGCGUAUGAAAUGAUAGAUGACACUUUAAGUGACGAUAAAUCAGAUAAUUCGGCAAUUGUCAAGUUUAAAGCUAUGAUUGAAGCACAGGGUGUGGACCAAUAUUACGCAAAGAGACUCUGUGAUAAAAAAACAGACGUUUUUGGUAUACUAUUAUCUGCAUCCGUGUGUACAACAGAAAUUCAAGCAAAAACAUCUGGUUGUAUUCAAGGUAUUAAUGUCCUGACAUGCAAAAAAGUGAUGGAAACAUUAAGAUCCUGUGCAGAAAAAAUUAGAAACUCUGAUGGUAACACAGUUGGACUCAAGGUUUUAGUCAAUAUCGGAGAUGCAAUAGAAGAAGGCUGGCCUUGGAUCAAAAUUUAUCAUAAUGGGGAGCUUUCAGGAGAAUUGGUCAAAGACAUUGAUGGUGCCAUUGAAAUAUACCAAGAUCCUACUGAACCAAAUAAAAGGCGGACAGAUUACGAAAAUGAGGAAGAGAGUAAAGAACACACGAAGAAGAAAGAGGAAUUUUCAGAUAUUCGCAUAAAAGAGAUAAAAGUUCAGGCGAGUGAGUUUCCAAGGUAUGAGUAUGCAUUAGGCAAUCUGUUGGAUGUUGUGAUGCGGUAUAAAGUUUUUCUUCAGUCAAACUGCAUCGGGCACGAUGGCAGAUAUAUUCUGUUUUAUAUAUGUACCAGCCCUGAAAAUGACAAAAUGAUCGAUGAUUUUCUUCAAGAAAUAACUAAGAAAGGAGAGAUUAGAGAUGGUGGCUCCCUUGAACAAUUUGUUCAAUCUAAAGAUCAACCGUCUGUCUCUUGCUUCAUAACACCUGAGAACUAUCAUCACAUUUUGACAGCAAUAAGACACAGGACAACCAUGUCAUUUAUCCUAUGCGAAACUGACUUGGAAGAAAAAGCUAAAAGAUACCAAAACACAUAUGCCAUUCAAAAAAAUAACGCAUGGAAACAGAUAGAUUCAGUCUUAGAAAAAUGGCUUUUUCAAAGUCUCAAGCCAGUUUGUAGUGCAUUAGGAGGGGAUAUUGAACGUAACCUUUCCGACAAAAACGCAACUAAUAGGGAUGUGUAUGAAGAAAAACCAAUAACAGAUGACGAGCAGACCAAUGAGACAAAUGUAAUUAUCUUUCUUAAAAAAGAUAUGCUUUCAACUCUUUAAGACGGAAACUAAAGAUUGUCUUUUUGAAGAGAUUAUAGGACUCUUAAUAUGAGUGACGUCAGU